GUGCAGGUCGACAGCCACUAACCAUCCACUACUGGAGCUCGUCUUCUCCUGACAACUACCUCCUCCUCCUCCCAACACACACAAGAGAGAUGGCUGCAUCAAAGCAGAUGGUUCCCGUGGUGGUGCUGAUGGGCGUGUGGGCGUCUUGCCUUGCCGUACCGCAGUAUCCUCCCCCCCACCCACCACGGUACACCCCAGCCCCCUCCUACAAGGAGCCGGCACGCCCCUACAGCUAUUCCUACUCUGUUAAUGAUGAAUACAAGGGCCUGCACAUCAGCGCUGGUGAAACCUCCAAUGGGGCCAGCGUACAGGGGUCGUACCAGGUAGCCCUCCCUGACGGUCGCCUCCAGAACGUAGCCUACAACGCCGACCACUACGCCGGGUACAACGCUGAUGUCACCUACACCGGGGAGGCCCAGCACCCACACGAAGCUCCCCGGUACCUACACGAAGCUGCCAGGUACCCACACGAAGUUCCCAGUCAUCCCCCGGCCCAUCACGGCUAGACCAACCAUAACCAGCCCUCUCCUCCACCUGGCCUACUCUAUUAUAUCUGCUUUAGCUUCCAGUUCUUUUUAUUACCUUCGCAAGAACUAUUUAGUAGUAUGUUAACGUAGUUGUUCUGGAGCCCCGCUGUUUGUGGCAUGGCGCUUUCUUUAUCCACAGGACAGACUUCUCCACUACAAAUUAAUGAAGCCUUUAAGAAUAAGCAAGAUUUCAUAAACAAAAAUGAGAAUUUAACGUUUUUUUCUUCAUAUUUUUAAAAUACUGUUUCAAUAAGAUUACUCCCGCCCACAGCGUUUAUUGAUGUUAGAUUCUUUUCAGCGAUCCGUACUGAAUGCUUCAUUGUGUUUUUUAAGGACAUAAAUUACUUUAUGAUCGGUAAAAAGUGGUCAGGUCACCUACUUGGCUUCUGAGGCUUCACUGAUCUAAUGGAAGUCUGCUCCGUGACUCAAAUUGGCACAUAAUGAGCUAGUCAGUGUUAAGGCAACAGGUGUGACAGCCGGCAGUGUCUGAUCAGCUGAGGAAAACCGCCAACACCCUACACGGCCACUACAGCCCAACACCUACUACACUUCCCCACACAAUAUAUUCAUCUUCACUAUAUCUCAUAUUCAUCUUCACUAUAUCUCCACCAUCACAGCUUCCUACAUCUACAGUAUUACACACUCAAGAGUCACUAUAUUCCCAAUAACCACUACACUCCCAAGUACAACCCCUACACCCCACACGUCCACUGGACACCCACUACACUCCCGUCAACACACUCAGACGCCGCUGCCAUUUUACUUGAUAAAUUGCUUUGUUUAAUAUACAGUACAGUAUUUUGUUUCUUGUUGAAAACUGUAGCACAGAUUGCAAAUACUUUGUAAUAAAUGUUAUUAAAAAGUUA